AUGGUUACAACUGGAGGCACUGCUGAGAUUCCAAAAAAAAUGGAGGACAUCACAGGUAAAGACGUGUUUCAAUGGUGCCAACAGAAAGGAAAAAACCCACAACGGUGUUUUGGAAUUGGGGGAGAUUUCUCCGGAUUCUUUAAUAGUGAUGUGAUAUUACAGAUAAAGAAGCUGUAUGGAGUGUAUCAGCCCAAAAUAGUAGAUCAAUGGAGAGAAGAGACAGGGAAUAUAUGCGCUAUGUUAGUAGAGACUGAGGGAGAUUUAGAUGCUAAUCUAAUCCCUUUAAUGGUGAUGGUGGAUAAAGACACAGGAAGACGAUGGAAUAUUCUCUGGCCAGAACUUCCAUUAGUAGAAGAUGCAGACACUUCUCCAAAGCCCCGUGCAGGAAGGAUAAAUAGUAACGGAGGCAAAGGGGGUGAUACACCAUCAGGCAAUGAGGAUCAUUUAGGUGGUCAGUUCGAGUCCAUAAUGGAUAGGGUAGUCACUCAACUGGAAAGAUGGCAUUAUGAAGGGAGCUACCGGAGAUUACGCAUCUUUUCAGGGAUUCAGCCAGUUCCCCAAGGGGAAGAAACCUUCGAGUCUUGGAAGGAGGCGGCCAUACAGCAAACAGAAGAAUGGCAAUGUCCUGAUCAUAUAAAAAAACAAAGAGUUGUAGAGAGCUUAAGGGGGCCUGCAAUGGGGGUAAUACAAGCAGCACGACGAAGUGACCCGAAUGCCACUAUUGAGACUUACUUUGAGGCUCUCGACUAUGCCUAUGGAACACUAGAAGAUGUAGGGGACUUAGUCUCUAGAAUGCAUCACACCUUCCAAGAAUCAGGGGAAAAGUUGAGUACUUUUCUAUAUAGGCUAGAUAGGUUGCUUUAUAAAAUAGUUGAUAAAGGAGGUAUAAAGAGAAUUGAAGUGGAUGAUAAUCGAAUGAAACAACUAUUAAGGGGGGCGCUAACUACAGACCCAGUGGCACAGAAGUUACGUUGCUCUGGAGCUCGAAUGACCCCUCCUACCUUUAAUGAUCUCAUGAAAGAGGUAAAACAAGAAGAGACCCUGAUAGAGAUGAGGGAACGCACCAUAAAAAAGGUAAAGGUAGUAGUACCCACAGUAGAACCCAACCUAUUUGAAGAAAAGAUCCUGAAGCUGAUGGAAGAGCAGAAUAAAAGGAUUGAACAGUUCAUUGCCUCGCAAAGUGCUGGAGUUCCCCCUCGUGGAAAUUCAAGGAGUAGAGAAAUGGGGAGAGGAGACAGAAAUAUAAAUAGAGGUUGCUUCAGAUGCGGACGAUAUGGUCACCGGGCUAUUGAGUGCAAUCAAAAUAGAAGCCUCACAAACAACACUAGAGAUGAGAUAGAUAGGGGAAGCACUGACCAGGGAAACGGGCGAGGGAGGUCAGUGGUUGUCCCCUCACUGGCCCCCUAG